ACCACCCCAGAAUCUGCUCCUCCUAUUGCUCUCUGCAUCCUGUCUGCCUAACCUCCUCUUUUAUUCUUCUACUUCUUCUCUCUUCCUUCCCCUCUCUCUUCUUCUUUUUUUCCCUUCCUCACCAUGUCCUCCACCAACCAAUCCUCCACCACCAGCCAAGAUGCCUCGGGACGACAGCCCUCCGCCGCCUCCUCCACCGCCGCCCAACUCGCCAGUGCACAGAUAAGCCUGCGCAAGACGCUGCGCGAGUUCCCCGACUUCCCCAUCCCGGGAAUUGACUUUGUCGAUAUCAUGCCCCUCUUCGCCAACCCCGAGGCCCAUGCCACGCUGCUGUCCGCCCUCGAGCUGCAAAUUGCCGAGUCCUUUGGCGCCAACAAGCCCGACGUCAUUGUUGGCCUUGAUGCCCGCGGCUUCCUCUUCGGCCCCGGCCUGGCUCUGCGCCUCGGCAUUCCUUUUGCCGCUGUGAGGAAGCAGGGCAAGCUGCCAGGCCCCUGCGUCACGGCCGAGUACAUCAAGGAGUACGGCAAGGAUCUGUUCCAGAUGCAGGCAGAUGCCAUCAGCGAGGGCCAGAAGGUGCUGGUUGUUGACGAUAUCAUUGCGACGGGCGGCUCGGCGGCGGCGGCGGCAGAUCUUGUUCACCAGCUCAAGGGCCAGGUUGUUGGCUACCUUUUCAUUCUGGAGAUUCCCGGCCUCAACGGUCGCGAUAAGCUCAGCGCUCCUACUACUAUUCUCCUUGAGAACCCUUAAUUUUGACGAGAAAGGGCUCCAUCUCCUCUUCUCUCGAUAAGCAGCGCCAUUCUAGCAAAAAGAUGACACGCCUGGCAUCAAUUUCUCUACACCAUCAGCCCUAGUCGACUGGGAAAUGUCACUUGGAUGUUCCAUUACCACUUCUCAGCGCCAAAAAUCGACUCGAGGCGCGAAAGACGAACGAAACUUGUUCUGCUGGGGCUGUAAGCUUGGCUAUUGUGGUCCUCCUUAUCGACACACUUUUCAUAUAUAUAUCAAAAGUUGUUUGCUUGGAUCAUUUCUUUGGACUUUGGGUAUCUUUCCUAAAAUCUUUGUUUUACAAAUCUUUUUUUUUUUCUUUCACUUUUUUUUUCACUUUUUUUUUCUUAAACGGGGAUUUUCUUUUUCGCAUAUUACAAUUCAAAUAACCAAUAGACUAUGGAAAGCGUUUUCUUCUCUGAUUCGGAAUGGGAAGUGGGUGCCGUGCUCUCUCUGUCUUGUCUGCUUCAUGACAAACUCUCAACUCUACUUUUACGUUUUACAUAAUACGAUAUAGACCACAUUACACUAUGAAGAAACUGGGAGGAGUAGAUGAGGACGAAAAAGGGGAUACGAUUUUCAACAACGAAGAGCACGCGGUGGAGGAGCAAAGACAAAAAGAACUAUUUGGAUUGGAUAUCUGUUUGGGGUCAUGAUGGGAGGUAUUGUUGAUCAUUUACGGCCUAAAAGGAAUUAUUCUAUUGCAAUGAAAAUCAUCUCUGUUUUCUUGAGAUUUCCUAAGCUCGCUUGAGCUUCU